GCGGGCGUUUGGCCGCGCAUGCGCUCUGCGGGCUCAGGUGUGAGCUGCGGCUGUGGUUGUGACUGUGGGGCCGCUGUGUCAUGAGAUUUACAAGGCGAUUGUUUGGUGGUGGGACUCUUCCCUCGUAUUUAGUGAUGGCUGUUCUAAUUGUCCUUAUCGUGGGAGCUGUCUUGACCACAUUAUUGCCCAAAGUUGUGGAAAGUGGAGCUACUAUGGUCCGUAGAGAGCAGGAUGAGCAGAGAAUCGAUAUUCGUAAUUCCUUCACCAUUGUCAUGCAGUCCUACAACAGGACAGACCUGCUUCUUAAACUGCUGAAUCAUUAUCAGGCCAUUCCAAAUCUGCACAAAAUCAUUGUAGUCUGGAAUAGUGUUGGAAUAAAACCACCAAAAGAUGUAUGGGAUUCACUGGGGCCACAUCCCAUCCCAGUUAUUUUUAAGGAGCAGACGGUGAAUAGAAUGCGGAAUCGACUGGAGCCAUUUCCUGAGUUGGAAACCAAAGCUGUUUUGAUGGUUGAUGAUGAUAUUUUAAUUAGUGCCUACGACCUUGAUUUUGCCUAUUCUGUGUGGCAGCAAUUCCCAGAUCAAAUAGUGGGCUUUGUCCCUCGAAAGCACGUCACAACUUCUUCAGGAAUUUAUAGCUAUGGCAGUUUUGAGCUCCAGAAUGCAGCAGGUAGAAGUGGUGACCACUAUUCCAUGGUGCUAAUUGGAGCGGCAUUUUUCCAUACUGGUUACCUUGAGAAAUUUAAAGUCCAGCUCCCAGCUGUCCACACUUUAAUAGAUAAAACACAAAAUUGUGAUGACAUUGCCAUGAACUUCAUUGUUGCAAAGUACACUGGGAAGCCAUCAGGAGUGUUUGUGAAGCCAGUGGAUAUGAGGAAUCUGGAAAAAGAUUCCAACAGUGGUUUCAAUGGGAUGUGGCACCGUGCAGAGCACCUGCUUCAAAGGUCAUGGUGUUUGAAUCAGUUGGCUGCUAUCUAUGGCAGCAUGCCUUUGAAAUAUUCCAAUAUCAUGAUCUCACAGUUUGGAUUUCCUAACUAUGCAAAUCACAAAACAAAAAGCUGAAGGAUAGUUUUGAACAACUACUAGUGCAUUAGUUGUGAUUACAAAUAUUAUGCUGCAAGGUGGAGAUUGGACACAAAGAUUGGCCUCUGAUUUUUGGAAGCAGUGAUGCUUUUCCCCUGCCUGUCCAGCACUAGGAGUGAAUAUUUUGCUUCCACGUUUCAUGUGCAGGUAACAUUAAUGGGGCAGAUGCUGUAUUGUGUUACUCUUUAGAUUUUACAACUGCUGUAAGCCUUCCUGUAACUGUCCUGCAAAUGCUUUAAUUGUGAGAGCAUAUUGCUAUUUUACCAAUUACCUUUACUAUUUCUGUCUGUGAGACAGUCAUGGUCUUAUAGAGUUAAAACAGCUAUUGCAGUUAGUGUGUGGAGUAGCCAAUUUUGUACUGUUACAUCAGCGUUUUUGCCAAUGAUUGAUGGACUGUUCUACUCACUGUUAAAAUACUUUGAAUGGUUAUAUCUAUAAUUACUUUGCUUCAGUGGAUCUGUUUUAUUUCACUCCAGUCUUGUAAUUUUUAAAAAAAAGGUAUUAUUGUUGACUUCAAUGUGCUUGUAUAUUCUCAGGAUACUAUUAUGUGUAUACACUUAGUGAAUUAAUAAAUCUUGCAUAAUGCGGGACUAUACCUUCCUCUCUCUUUCUGGUUUUCACUUUUUCUCUCUCCUCGAAUUCCCCCUAUCCCAUGCUCCAUCUCUCUAUCACUUCACAUUUGUUGCUUUCAUGUUGUUUGGAAGAAGAGAGAAAACUCUGCUUUGAAAUUAUUUUGAAUUCUUUUUCCUUUUCCCUUUAUCACUCCCGAAGUCUUCUAACUGUUUUCCUGAGUCGUCAGCUCCCGGCACUGUUCUGGUGUAGCUUUGAAAAAACUAUGAACGAUGCAAUAUUUUUAAUUUUCAUUUUAUUGAUAAGGUGGUAGCAACCUUCAUGUAGUCCUCCUGUUAGCAUGUUUUCUUUCCCCCCUGAUAACUCUACCAAGGGAGUACCAUAAAGGAACUGUAGGUGGUAGUGUUUCCGUGCAAAUGCUGCCCUUAUCUUGGGCAGUGGUGGUCACAGUUCUGGGAGGUGGUAUUGCAGAAGACUUUGUGAAUAUCUGCAGUAAAUACUUUAGAUGAUAUGUACUAACACCCAUGGUAUGCAGGUGAUGGAGGAAGUAAAGAUUUCUGAUGCUGACUGGGAUUACAAUAAAGUGGUCCUGGUUAGAUCACACUUCCUGUGGAGCUACCCUUGUCCAGCCAAGUGCAAACUUAAGAUUUCUGUGAAGGUGUAGAAACUUUGGGGAGUCGGGGUGUGAGUCACUGGUUGCGGGAUAUCCAGCCCCUGACCUAAUGGCUACAGUAUUUAUGUGUAAGUUAAAU